AUGGCUGGACACCUGGCUUCAGACUUCGCCUUCUCACCCCCACCUGGUGGGGGUGAUGGGUCGGGAGGGCUGGAGCCAGGCUGGGUGGACCCUCGGACUUGGAUAAGUUUCCAAGGGCCUCCAGGUGGGCCUGGAAUCGGGCCAGGGGUUGGGCCAGGCUCAGAGGUGUUGGGGAUCUCCCCUUGUCCUCCGCCAUAUGAGUUCUGUGGAGGGAUGGCAUACUGUGGACCUCAGGUUGGACUGGGCCUAGUGCCUCAAGUUGGCCUGGAGACUUCGCAGCCUGAGGAUCGAGCAGGAGCGGAGAGCAACUCGGAGGGGGCCUCCCCUGAGCCCGGCACUAUCCGUCCUGGUGCCGUGAAGUUGGAGAAGGUGGAACCAAGUCCGGAGGAGUCCCAGGACAUGAAAGAUCUGCAGAAGGAGCUAGAGCAGUUUGCCAAGGUGCUGAAGCAGAAGAGGAUCACCUUGGGGUACACCCAGGCCGACGUGGGGCUCACCCUGGGUGUUCUCUUUGGAAAGGUGUUUAGCCAGACCACCAUCUGCCGCUUUGAAGCGCUGCAGCUCAGCUUCAAGAACAUGUGCAAGCUGCGCCCCCUGCUGGAGAAGUGGGUGGAGGAAGCCGACAACAACGAGAACCUUCAGGAGAUAUGCAAAGCGGAGACCCUGGUGCAGGCUCGAAAGAGAAAGCGGACGAGCAUUGAGAACGGCGUGAGGGGGAACCUGGAGAGCAUGUUUCUGCAGUGCCCGAAGCCCACCCUACAGCAGAUAAGCAUUAUCGCCAAGCAGCUCGGCCUGGAGAAGGAUGUGGUCCGGGUGUGGUUCUGUAACCGUCGCCAGAAGGGCAAACGAUCAAACGCUGAUUAUUCCCAACGAGAAGAGUAUGAGGCUGCCGGGUCCCCUUUCCCAGGGGGACCUGUAUCUUUUCCUCUACCCCCAGGGCCCCAUUUUGGUGCCCCAAGCUAUGCGAGCCCCCACUUUACCACACUCUACUCUCCAGUCCCGUUCCCUGAGGGCGAGGCCUUUCCUACUGUUCCCGUCGCUGCCCUGGGCUCUCCCAUGCAUUCAAACUGA